AUGAAAGUUUUGCGAAAGCCCGUCGUCAUCUUGGCUUGUCUCUUGCUGUGGAUCGGGAUCAUUCUCUUUUCAGUUUCAGUCCAUUCAGCCACACUAACGCCACAACAAUGCGAAGAUUUGGGAUUUAAAUCAUCGGAAUUGAGUUGUUCAACAUGUAAAGAAUUUUCUCUCUUUUUGAGUGAAAAGAAAAUUAUUGAAAAUUGUAAUAAUUGUUGUCAAGAUGUUACAAAUCAAGAAAAAGGAGAGUCAUCCAGUAACGCAACAGAAAAAGAAUUUGUUAGUGGAGUACUCUACAUGUGUUAUUGUAAUAUUAGAUCUUUCCCUGAAAUUGAAGGGUUUAUGAAUAACGAUGCCAAAAAAUUUAGAAAUUUGCAAGUAUUGCAACGUCAAGGAGUUAUGCCAACAUUGUCCAUGAAGAGAAAAGAUGGUUCAGAAGAAUCUCAUUUAGUGAGUCACUGGAAAAUUGAUGAAAUCAAAGAAUUUUUAAAUGAAAAAUUACUUGCAUAA